AUGGUCAACUCCAGGAAAGACUACAUUUGCAUUUCUGUCCUCUUCGCCGUCAACUUAUUGAAUUAUGUGGAUCGAUACACUGUCGCCGGUUCGUUUUUAUAGUUCCUGAAAAUGGAAAUUCGAUUUUUCAUAUCGUUUUCAUUCCUAAAGACUCUAAAGUUUUUCGUAUUGGCCAAGAGACCGUCUGUGAAAGAAAGUCUUCCGUGUUUCAAAAAUAAAAAAAUUAUGGAAAGUUUUUCCGAUUCAGGUGUUCUGACGAAAGUUCAAGGAUAUUUCGUACCAGAAAUCGACGAUUCUGAAGCAGGACUUAUUCAGACAGUCUUUCUAAUCGCGUUUAUGCUAUUCUCUCCAGUAUGUGGAUAUUUAGGCGACAGGUCACUAAUAAAACGGAUGAAAACCGUUUCUAUCUGGAAAAAGUUCAGAUUCAACCGAAAGUUGAUCAUGAUGGUUGGUGUGUCCAUUUGGCUUGGCGCCGUCUUGGCUUCCACUUUCGUUCCCAAAAACGUAAGUUACAAUGGAUAAUUUUAUGAAUUUUAUAGCUAAAAUGAGCAUUUUUAAAACUGUGUACUGUAACAAGUGUUGCUCGUUGAAAAGAACUAGUUGCUUCGCGAAAUCUCGUUUUCCAGCACUUCUGGAUGUUCCUCCUGUUCCGCGGCCUUGUCGGCAUCGGCGAGGCCUCAUACUCGAAUCUGGCGCCGUCCAUCAUCUCCGACAUGUUCAACGGCACUCGUAGAAGCCACGUCUUCAUGUUGUUCUACUUUCGCCGUGCCGGUCGGAAGGUGGGAAUUCGGCGAUGUUUGCCUUGGAAGACCGAUAAAAGUUAAAGGAAAAGUAAAAUAUCGUUUGAUAAGAUUCGAGUUUUGUCAAAAAAAGUUACCAAAAAGAAAGUAUGAACCAUGAAAAAUGGCUAUAUUUUCACAACUCAGUUAGAAAAAAACUGCGAAAAGAGCUUUUUAACACCUUUUGGCAAAAAAAAGCUUAGGUGUAUGAAUUCCAGUUUUUGACUGAAACUAAGAACUCUGAACUUUUGCUUGUAAUCCAGGCUUUUCAAACCUAGUCGAAGCUCGAAAACUUUAUUGAAUUCUAUUGAAGCUCGAAAAUUUCAUUGAACUUGAGAUUGUUUUUCGAGACUUGAGUUCUCCACAGCUGAGAAGUUUUGCAGGACCCUCAUCUAUUAGAUAAACGAGUUUUUAGCCAAUUCAUUAGAAAUGUCGAUUUAAAAGUUGUAGAAAGGAUCCUCUGAUUUGCGAAAUUUCUUCAGUGGUCUCGGCUUCAUCGUCGGAUCCAACGUGGCUUCUCUAACAGGCCAGUGGCAGUGGGGAGUCCGAGUGACGGCGUUGGCCGGAGUCGUCGUCCUCGCCCUCAUGGUUUUCCUUGUCUUUGAACCGGAGCGCGGCGCUGCCGACCGUGUCGCCGGCACCACGACUAUCGUCGAGAAAAGCGAAAACUACUGGUCGGACAUCAAAUCUCUGCUCAGGAUGUGUGAAAUAGGAUUCAAUUUAAAACCGAGACGAAGAGUUUCAGUCCAACUUUCAUCUCUUGCACCUGGGGAUAUACGGCUCUGGUGUUUGUGGCUGGAUCUUUGGCUUGGUGGGAGCCGACUGUGAUCGAGCACUCGAUCGCUUGGAGCAAGGGACUCAACGACACGGCCGACCUCGACUCCGCCACGUCUACCCAGUACGUUUCCUUCAUUCUGAAAACCUCAUCGAGCUCUAUAUAAUAAUAAAACUAGUUUCAUAAUCAUUAAUACAGCUGCUUUUUCUUUGUUUCUAUCAAGUUUUCAUUGUUCGGUGGUCUCAAUAACUUCUUUUUUCAGGGUCGGCCUCAUCUUCGGCAUGAUCUUGAUGAUAGCAGGUCUUUUUGGAGUCAUCAUCGGGACGAUUGUCUCUGGGGUACUUUUUUUUAAUUUCUAAUCAAUCAGUUUUCUUUUUUUCCAGUGGAUCAUCAAAGGCACCGGUCCGUUUCGAAUCAUCCAAACUGCACGGGCACAACCUCUGGUCUGCACAUUUGGUUCUUUGAUCGGCUCUCCUUUGCUUUUCUGCGUCUUUUUCUUCGGACAUCGAGGCUUGUUGCUGAUUUGGGUAGUCCUUUCAUAGAAAUAAAUGUAUAUGUGGUCUUUUUCAGAUCCUUCUCUUCUUUACCAAUCUGUGUCUUUGCCUUAACUGGGGUCUUAACGUCGACAUUGUAGCGGUGAGACUCUUCAGAAGAUGCUUUUUUAAAGAAAAAAUUUGCAGUCGGUAGUGUCGCCAGCACGUAGAAGCACGGCAUUCGCUUACUUAACCUUGACUUCGCAUCUUUUUGGUGAUGCCACGGGUCCUUAUAUUAUUGGAAAGGUCAGAAUCGGUUUGAAAUGACCUUUACCGGGUUACUAGAAAACCUGAAAAAAGGUCCAAGUUAGCCAUAUAAUACUUUGAAAAGAGGAAUGCGAAGGUUUCUAGUAGUAAAUUAAGAUUAUAAAUCGUGAGUUUGAGCCACCUAGAUAUUUUGUGAAAUAUUUCAUCAUUUUUCAGUUUUCUAGCAUCGGUUUUGGAAAAUGAACUAGAGUUUUACAGGUCUCAGAUACGUUCCGAAAAGGCUCUGACUUGCCCAAGGACCAGUACCACUCGCUCAUCAAAGCCAGCUACAUCUGUGUGGCUCUCCUCAUCGUCUCCGCCAUUCUCUACUUCCUUUCCUCUUUGACCAUUCUGCAAGACCAGCAAAAAGUUCAAGCAACAGCUUGGUAAGUUCAUUCCUUUCUCCACCUUCGAUAUUUCCUUUUUAGGUAUAUCUCCUUUGGACUCUGUAACUAA